GAGGUUGAGUGUUUGACUUUACGUGUGGUCGUGUUCAAUGUUCAAAGGGAUAUAAAAGAAUAAACUAAUCGAAUUAAAAUUCAAUCAAAAUAAGUACAGACUGUGAUGUUCGAGAAGUUCGUUUAAUGAUAUCUAUGUUUCCAAUUUUUUGUGCUAUAGUGGAUAAGUGGCCUUGCAUUUGACACAUUUGCACACACCCAACCCAAAAAUAUAAUUAAUUUAUUAUUUGGGAUUGAUACAAGACUCGUUAUCAAUAGGAUAACAAAAUGCAAGCUAUAAAGUGUGUAGUAGUAGGUGACGGUGCUGUAGGUAAAACUUGUCUGUUGAUAAGUUAUACCACAAAUGCCUUCCCAGGGGAAUACAUACCCACAGUAUUUGACAAUUAUUCUGCCAAUGUGAUGGUAGAUGGGAAACCAAUCAACCUGGGACUUUGGGAUACUGCAGGGCAAGAAGAUUAUGAUAGAUUACGACCACUCUCCUAUCCACAAACAGAUGUGUUCCUCAUUUGUUUCUCACUGGUGAAUCCAGCAUCCUUUGAGAAUGUCAGAGCCAAGUGGUAUCCAGAAGUGAGACAUCAUUGUCCAAACACUCCUAUUAUAUUAGUGGGUACCAAAUUGGACUUGAGGGAUGAUAGAACCACCAUUGAGAAACUGAAGGACAAGAAACUAUCUCCUAUUACAUAUCCACAGGGUUUGGCCAUGGCAAAAGAAAUAAGUGCUGUAAAAUACCUGGAAUGUUCUGCACUAACGCAAAAGGGACUGAAAACAGUGUUUGAUGAGGCCAUAAGAGCUGUUCUUUGUCCUGUAAUGCAAGUAAAACCAAAACGUAAAUGUGUCAUCUUGUAAUUUAGAUAAUAAAGGAAAUGUAUUAUUGUUACUUCAAUUUUGAACCAAUUGUCUUCGAUUUCGAAUAAUAGAAAAUAGUUUCUUCAUUUUGUACUUAGCUUUAAUAACAAAAUGGCGGUUGGUUUGAAAUUUUGGUCAAAGGUUUGAUUCAAUACAAAAUACAAUAGCUUUUCUAGAUUUUCUUUAGCUUGCAAUCAAACAAGUGUCUGCUAGUUCAAAAUUUUUUUAUCCAAACAUGACAUCUAAAAAGUGUGUUGAAUCACCUUGAAAGCACAAAAUAACCUUUGAAAAAAAUGUGCAUAAAUGUGAUUUAUUGUGUUUGAUUAAUUUGAUUAAUUUUUUUGAUGAGUAUAUUAUGGUUAGAUAAAAUUGUUGUUUAAAUUCUUUCUGCAUUUAUAUAAUAUGAUUAUAGGUGGAUACAAUAACGGCAAUAUGAAUAAUUGUUACUUGCCAGGCCAAUCUAUAGGUUAUAAAAUGUGUUCAUUGAAAUUGAGCCAAUAAUGAUGGGCUGAAAGCAUCAAAUAGGUCUAUUGAUAUUGGAACUGACAACUCAAAUCUUCUGUUCUUUUUUAUUGUUACUUUUUAUGAUUUUUUUCUAAUAAGUUGUCAGAAAUCAUUUGGGCAUACAGAGAACCAUAGCAUUAUUUCCAUCUUGAUUGAAAUUAUACAGACAGAGAAGUACCUAUUUUUUUAUAGUGUGAAGUUCAUGUUAUGUCUAAAAUUAUUGAUAUAUUAAAUAUUAUCUUGAU